AUGAAGAUAACCAUUCCGGAGCUCGAAGUCGAAAAUAUCACCAAUGGUGAAACAGUGCAUCAAAAGUGUCUCCUGCUCACAGGACAGUGUAAUAAUCAUGGGCAAUCCGAUGACUUCAUAUCAAUCGAAGUUACCGACAUCUUCGGACAAGCAUCGCCGGUCCAGAACUGGCCAAUUGCCUCAGGCAAAUGGAAAGCCCUCCUUAUGCUGAACUCUGGCAACAACAAGAUUCGGGUAAAGCUUAAUCAGUCUGGUACUAUCUCGAAGGCGUAUGAGCUCGACAUCACCUAUCAGCCUUUGCUUCAGCUUCCACCUUUGCACCUCGCCAUCUUGGUGGCCAAAGAUUCGCCGUUGCUUGUCGACUGUCCACCAGCGAAGCGCGGAGCCAUCUCAACAACGCACAGUUCGCUUGAUGGGGCUAUAACCAAGUUCCGCAUGGCGGCAUACAUGUGGCAAGCUCUCACAGCUGAGGAUCUGCGUCUCAAAGGCCUGGGCCGCCGAUGCUUUCGAUUGGACGAAGAGUGGGGCAUCGAUACGACCACCUGCUCCAGCCUCCAGACUGACCCUGGGUCUCGUGCUUACGCAGGUACGGCUGCGAAGGUACAUAUCGUCCGUUCAGACAAGACUCUUGCGCAAUUGAGAGACGCAUCAGUUGCACAGCAGAAUCCACAUGGACGUAGGCGGGAUGAUCUCCACAAGUUCUUCGAGCAGGCGCUAAAAGCCCAUGGUGCUCCUUUCACUGCAUCGGAGCGGCCCGUGGUGGCUGGGCUUAUCCUCGACUCUCACUAUUCCAUUGAUCAGGACCUUAUACUGGGGCAUGCUGCGCUGGGGUGCCACAAGCCAGACGGUAUAUCUCUGGGAGUGUUCGGAAGCCACACCACUUAUUCUUGGCCACGCUUCCUUGAAGAAAUCCCGGCUUGCCUUCUUGAUCAGACGCCCACCGGAAGCGCGGUUGGAAACGACAAUGGAGAGUGCGGAACCAUGCGUGGGGCUUGCUUUGUUGGCCAAGGCGCUUUUCUGCACGAGGUUGGUCACGCGUUCGGUGCCGAUCACACAACGGGCAUUAUGGCUCGAGGGUACUCCAAGGACUGGUCCAAGAACUUUGUCGCCCAUCAAUCAGAUAGCAACGACGCAAAAUGGGCUUUGGAGGAUGCCCUCAGAUUCAAACUGCAGCCUCAUUUCAAGCUGCCCGCCGAUCUUUUAUUUUCUCCGAACGACCAAGACUCUGCCGUUCAGAUAGGAGUUAGGCUAAAAGAUGGUGAUACUCUUCUGGAGGUCUCUUGCCAAUUUGGAAUCGCUCAAAUCGCAUUUAAGCGUCCUACUGGGGAGAAUAUACAAGCUGCUCAUUUCAGAUCACCAUUUGAGACGGACGCAUGUGCGAUUAGGAAGGCCGAUUUUGACGGCAAGAGUUUCUGUGUCUCAUACAAUAACCUUGAAGCCCAGUUCGACCGGACCGAGGAGAUCGCUGUCUUUGCACUGGGUAUGAACGGCAGGAAGAGGGUCUGUAACAAUAUUUGGAAGCUUCUGGCUGAGUUGCCUUCCAUCCGUAUCCCUGGUUAUGAUAUGCUGCUUGGGAAGAAGUCAGUAAAGUCCGAUGGCUUGAACAGUGACACAGACCAGCAGUACCACCGCUGGGCCACGUUGUUGAAGCGCAAGCAAAGCGACGGUAGCUUCGACCAUGCGAACGCGAUCGAUUUAAGGGUGGGAUGCACCAUGGACGGGGCUGUUGUGCAUUAUGAUAGUGGAGUGCAUGUCAAUUGCGGCCCUGUAUCACGCCACGGUCGUCCUCACACAUUUGGGGGUCACGCCUCGGAGAAACGUUCUAUUCCCCACGAUGCAGCGAUUUCCAAGGUCGAGAUUAAUAGGGUUGAUUCUGGAUGGGGCAGCCUCAAUGGCAUCCGAAUGACACUGGAUAACGGUUCGCAAUGGGGUGAGCUCAACAGUCAUGGAAAGAAGGGCGUUGAAGUCCUCCAGCCAGCCGACGAUGAGCGAAUUGUGGGCUUCUAUGGCAAGAGCGAGAAGCAUUCGGGCUUCACUUACGAAUUCGGUAUCAUCACUGCCAAGAACGGAGAAGAGUUGCCCGACAUCUGCUAUCAGAUGGCGGAGUUACAGAACACGGAUGACCAGGUAGGCGUUCACUCAUCUCGCCCUGCCUUAACGAUUUCUAACCCUUUAUAA